AUGGCCCGUAAAAUCGCUAUAGAAGCCAUCGAGUUUCUCAGAGGAAGAGUAUACCUUGGCAGCUAUGAUCACCAUCCUCAAAACACAGAAGAGCUGGUGUUCUUCACCGUUGAGGAGACUCUUCCCUAUAACGCUUUCCACCUGGACUUUGGACCACUCCAUAUUGGCCACCUAUACAGAUUUGCAGUGACUUUGCACAAUAUCUUGAACGACAGUUCCAAUAAGAACAAGGCUGUUGUGUUCUACUCAUCGUCUGGCGCAAAGGAGAGAACCAACGCAGCAUGUUUGUUAUGUUGUUACAUGGUUCUUGUUCAAAAUUGGUCACCCCACCAGGUGUUGCAGCCAAUAGCUCAACAGGAGCCUCCCUUCUGUGGGUUCAGAGACGCUGGGUAUUCGAACGCCGACUUCGAGCUGAGUAUCCAGGACAUUGUUUAUGGUGUUUGGAGAGCAAAGGAGCGCGGGAUGCUCGACAUCACCUCCUUCAACCUUGAGGAGUACGAGCAGUACGAAAGAGUUGACCAGGGAGAUUUUAAUGUUGUUUCUAAAGAUUUCAUUGCAUUUGCAUCGCCAAAACAGUCAAGACCUGGGGCUCCGUUGAACGAGCCUUUUAAGAAAGUUUUGGACUAUUUCGUCAAGAGCAACGUCCAACUCGUGGUGAGACUCAACUCUCACCUUUAUGACAAGAACGAGUUUGAAAAAAGAGGCAUCAAGCAUAUCGAUAUGAUUUUCGACGAUGGAACAUGUCCAACAAUGGAAUAUGUUCAAAAAUUCAUCGGUGCAGCAGAGACAGUGAUCCAAAGAGGCGGCAAGAUUGCCGUUCAUUGUAAGGCCGGUUUGGGAAGAACAGGCUGUUUGAUCGGAGCACACUUGAUCUACACUCACGGCUUCACCGCUAACGAGUGUAUUGGUUACAUGAGAAUGAUCAGACCAGGAAUGGUGGUGGGCCCGCAACAGCACUGGCUCUACCUGCACCAAAACCAAUUCAGAGACUGGAGAUACUCCAUGGUCAUGGACAAUCAGCCGGAUGAGGCCAUUGGCGGACUCUUUUCUCUGGUUCCAUAUAACGUUAUUGAGGAGCGCGAAGCCCAGAUGGUCGAUGUCGAGCUGCGUCGCCAUGUGAUGACACCUACCCGCAGAAGAAAGGUUUCGGGCACUCUCAAGAGUGCGCACAAGGCCGUUCCGAUGGAGAGUCCUGGACAGCCACGCAAGUACCGUUCGUCAACCAAGGAAAACCAGCCGUACGCAAAUUCCGACGAAGAGGCCACGUACGAGUCCAUUGCGCACCAGCUGUCGAGUCCAAAGCGGAAAACAAACAGACAGAUGGAGCAAGACGAGAUCUUCUAUGGGACAGAAGCAGAGAUGACAGAAAAGACAAAGAAGACGAGUCCGCAAGGGUCGCCGUAUUUCCGCCGUGUUUCGACAACCACCACGACCACGACCACGAUUUCCUCUUCGCCAACCCACUCCGCGUCUAAUGAAUCCGGCAUGUUGUCGCUUCCAAAGCAGAGAGCUUCGCUUGGAUCAAAGGACGGAAAAGCCAGACUCAACGGGUCCCGCAUUCCAAGCUCCACCGAUAAGGUGAUAGGAAACGUUGGUGUCCGUAAAGUCUCGGCCGGGAAGAGAAUCACUUCUGGCGUUUAG